AUGCCUCCCACACAGCAAUACCAGGGCAGCUCAGAGGACGACCAACUCGCCCAAGACGAGCGCCUCUCAAACGGGGUGAUGCGUGCAUGGCAUGUCGCAAGAGGAGGAUCGUGUGGCGCCGAAAAGCCGACAUGUGCCUCUUGCGCAAGGCUGAACAAGGAAUGUGUCUAUGACUCUGGCCAGACCACGAGCAGCUCAGAGACUCAAAAGUCGGAUAGGUAA